UUCAGGCAGCCCUGAGAGAAGGAGAGAGAGAGAUAAAGAGAGAGUAUGUCUGACAGGUGGUUAAGUCUCCCACAAUGCUGUGCUCUGGAAUGCCAUCGUUUGAGGAGGUAGAAUAAGCCAUCACAUCGUAGUAGGAGCAACAGCAGCACUGAGAGCUGGAUCAGAAACAGCACCAUGAAGGGCCAGGUAGUUAAUGGCCACCAGGCUGGGUUUGGACCCUUGGACUGGAGCUGCGGCACUGGGGUGCCCCCUCGGAGGGGCAAGAGUGUGGAGGAGUUGGGGAAUUGUGGCUGGGCCAGGGAGAGGAUGGUCCGUCUGCAACAGCUCCAACAACUACAGCAACUACAGUUCCAGCAGAAGCAGCAACAGGUGGUUGGAUACCACUGCUAUAAGCUAGCUCCAGCGCCAGUGCUGGCCCCUGUACCGGUGGCAGCUCCAGGGUCGGUGCCAACUCCUUGGCCAGGGCAAUGGGACUACCAGGCCAACUUGAGGCAGGAGAAUGCCUGUCGCCAGACCAGCUGGGAGUAUGAGGACUAUGACAGAGUGCCCUAUAGAGACACUAGGCCUCAAAGCAGGGGCCUUUAUUUACGCUCUGCCUCAGAUAAUGGCCACCUGGAACCCAGGAGAGUGCAAGAGUGGUCUGGUAACCAUUGCUUCUACCCAGGCCCGGAGGACCACAACUACCAGGAGCACAACAGAGAGACACAAAUCAAGGACUACAGUGAUGUCCACAGAAGUCAGGCGCAGUAUGACAUAGAAAGGGACAAAUAUGACCGCAAAGAGGUGGAGUAUCAAUACAAACAGUGUGACCUCUACAAAGACAGAGAUGGGGACCACUAUGACUGCAAAAAACAGGACUAUUGGGACCUGGAAAAGGAGUUUUAUCAAGAACAUGACCGUUAUGAUCGUCAAGAUCGCAAAGAGUCAGACCAGUAUGAUCACACAGACCGGUACAACCCUAGGGAUAUAGGCCACCAUGACCUCAAAGAUGCUGACCGGUAUGACCAUAAAGAUCAGGAAUAUUUUGACCACAGGAGACAGAGCAAGAAUGACCACACUGAAAAUUAUUAUUUGGGCUGCAGACAAGACAAAAGGAAAGAGGACCACUACGGAAAAUACCACAAUGUUCGGAGGGAGGAUUAUUAUGACAGCAAGGAAGAACACCACUAUGAUCAGAAAGACAAGGAUUAUUAUGACCGUAAAGAGAAGAACCAUUAUGAGCGCAGAGAAAAUGACCACUAUGACCACAAGAAAAAGGACCACUAUGUUCACAAGGAAAAGGACCACUAUGUUCACAAGGAAAAGGACCACUACAAUGACAAAGGAAAGGACCACUAUGAUCGUAAGGAAGACCAUUACAGGGAUUUGCGAUCGUUAUCCAUGGACUCCAGGUAUGAGGAAUACCCCGCCAAUGGCAGUGGGAAGCACAGUGAAGAAUGGGUUGAGGACCAGUACCACAAGCAGCCCGAACAAGAGCGACGGUCCUACGAGGACCCUGUCACCUUCGACCGUGACCUGUGCCACAACAAGGACAGUGAAAAUGGGUCCCAACUGGAUUCUGGUAGCCUCAUGGGGAAUGUGAACCACCCCAGACGGGCACGUAAGCCCCUCUACAUGGGCUCCCUUGACCGUAACAGUUUCUACAGGAAGACCGCCCCCAGCUCUCUGAAGAGGUCAGAGUUCACCAUCAACAGGAAGCAGAAACAAGAGAUGACCCUCCUGUCGACCCAGCCCAAGUCCCUGGAGUCAGCCCCGGUCUCUGCAGUGGCGGCCAUCGAGGACCCCGAGCAGAGGAUGCUGGAGAAAAGGUCAAAGGUCAUAGACGAGCUGCUGCAGACAGAGAAGGACUACAUCAAGGACCUGCAGAUGUGUGUCAAGGAGAUUAUCCAACCACUCCAACGCAAUCAGGUGCAGAACAUUGACUUUGACGGUCUCUUUGGCAACAUCAACUCUGUGAUCGACCUCUCACGUCGUCUCUUCAAGACCCUCCAGGACACUGACUCCAUUGGAAAGGUGUUCCUGGACUUUAAGGCAGAGCUCGAGGAGGUGUACAAGAUCUACUGUCAGAACCACGAUGACGCCAUCUCUCUCCUGGAAAUGUAUGAGAAGGACGAGAGCAUCCAGAGACACGUGCUGGAGUGCCUGGAGAAACUCAGGGCGGUGUAUCGCGACUGGGGGAAGACCAACUACAUCAACCUGGGCUCAUUCCUGAUCAAGCCGGUGCAGAGGGUGAUGCGGUACCCACUGCUACUAAUGGAGCUGCUGAGUGCCACGCCCGAGUCUCACCACGACAGGCCCCUGCUGGCCCAGGCACUGCUGUCCAUCAAAGAGAUCAAUGUCAACAUCAAUGAAUACAAGAGGAGGAAGGAUCUGGUGCUCAAGUACAGGAAGGGGGACGAGGACACUCUCAUUGACAAGAUCUCCAAGCUGAGCAUGCACUCCAUCAUUAAGAAGUCCAACCGCGUGAGCAGCCACCUCAAACAUCUCACCGGGAUCUCCCCCCAGAUCAAAGAUGAGGCAUUUGAUGAGGCAGAGAAGAGGUUCCGACUCCAGGAGAGACUCAUCAAGUCCUUCAUCAGGGACAUAUCUCUGUACCUGCAGCAUAUUCGGGAAUCGGCCUCAGUGAAGGUGCUGGCUGCCAUCAGUUUCUGUGACAUCUACACAGACCGGAGCCAGCUGGACCCUGAACGAUUCCAGAGAGCCCACCGUUCUAUCAGCGAUAAGCAGUUCCCACACUUUAAGGAGCGCACGGAGGCCUUGGUCAUCUUCCCUCUCACCCAGCUUCUGCUCAUGUUUGCCGGGCCCCACAAGCUCAUUCAGAAGCGCUUUGACAAGCUGCUGGACUACGACAACUGCAAGGAGCGCGCUGAGCGCCUCAAGGACCGCCGCGUCCAGGACGAGCUGCAGGCGGCACGCAACAACUACGAGGCACUCAAUGCCCAGCUGUUGGACGAGCUGCCCAAGUUUCACCGUGCCGCCGAAGACCUGUUUACAGGCUGUGUGAGAGCCUUUGCGCAGGCCCAGAGAGAUUUUACCAAGCUGACGCUAGGGCAGCUGCAGCCUUUGCUACAGAUAUCAGGCAUUGGGGGCAAUGAGGGGAACCUGAUAUCAUUGUUCCAGGAGGAGUAUGGUAGAGUGCUCCAGCUUCUACAGCGCUUCAGCUUCUGCCAAGAGAGCCAGCCACCCUCCACCUCCACACGCAAGCCUCUUGACAAGAAGACCCUGGAGAAACAGACCUCCAAGAAGCAGUUGCAGGGACCGCCUAACUACAUCCUGCAGACAGAUGAGCAGAGAGCGGGACUGUUGGUCCGGUAUGGCCCAGAGAAACUCUUCCAGGCGGAGAGGAACUUUAACGCGGCCCAGGAUUUGGACGUGUCCAUGUUAGUGGGAGACAUUGUGGGUGUCAUCAAACAGCAGGACCCCAUGGGCAGCAACAACCGCUGGCUCAUCGAUAACGGGGUCUCCAAGGGCUUUGUGUACAGCUCCUUCCUGAAACCCUACAACCAACGCAGGAGCCAAUCGGAUGUCUCCAUUGAGAGCCAGUCCUCCAAUGAGUCGGGCUACGGCGGCUCCUCCCCUGUGUUAUCCCGCCAGAACAGUAACAGCACGCUGACCUUCAACCAGGAAACGGCAGCCGUCAGCUUCUCCACUGCCCCUCACACCAGCCACUCCUCACCCCGCCUCCAUCUGGACCCCACCCAGGACCCCACCCUCUCCCGCAGAACCCACCACAGAGACACUCCCUCGCCAAACCGCAAUCCUGCAGACUCCCCCAGAAAUCCGUCCAAUCACCAGGACCUGUUGGACCCAGCGCUCCGACACUCCCCCAAUCACAGAGACAUUACAGACCCCACCUACCGACAGUCCUCUAAUCACAGGGACUCGUUCGACUCAAGUAACACAACACCAACCAAUCACAAGGAGCUGUCUGACUCUUCUGAGACAGAAUCUUGUUCUUCGCACAGAAACAACCGUUUGGGUCUUUCUCAGAGAUACGGCCAAACUGAGGCGGCCUUUGGCUCGUACCAACGGAAUGGAGACUAUGGUGGUCAGAGGAGGUCCCCAUACUCGAGGGAUGAGUUUAUUGAACCAGAGGCGGAGCCUGAACCUGAGCUAGAGUCAGAGAUCGAUGGGCAUCAGAUUUACUAUGCCAUCUACUCGUUCAGUGCCCGCUGUGCUAACGAGCUGAGCAUCUCGGCCAAUCAGCGUGUCCGCAUCCUGGAGUUCCAGGACAUGAACGGCAACAGUGAGUGGUGGCUGGGUGAGGCGGGGGGCAGGCGAGGCUACAUCCCCUCCAACUAUAUUCGCAAGUCUGAGUACACCUGAAAAAUGAAAAAUUUCCAUGAGGGAAGGUGCCCCCUAACCCCCAAAGUCAGAGCCCCCACACUGGAAUGAGCUCACCCCGCGAGAGCAGACUGCUCUCCAGACUCCAAACAAACAAACAAACAAACAGUAAAACAAAUGACCAAACCAUCAACAGGAUAUCUGGUGCCUUAAUAUUGAAGUGGAUCUGUGGUUGUGGAAAACAAUUUUUUGGGGGGGGGUCUUUACCGUGCUGCUGAUCCACUUCUUUGAAAGUUGUUAAAUGACUAUACUGUAUUUAUAGACUUUUUUCAUAAUUUUUUUUACUACUUGGGAGUGUCCCUUCUCUUUUCCCUCGUAUGCUGUGAAACACUUGGGAGUUGCUCAGAACCAAAUCCUCUGGGUCUAUAGCGAGUUGGUUAUAUGUUAGAUAACCUCAUUGGGAAAACUUAUUGGACUGUGAGUUAGAAAUUUGAAUGGGUUUGGUUCAGACUUCAAAACUCAAAUAUCCUGAGGCAUAAACUCAGACAACAGACUUCUAGUAUACCAUAUUGAUUGUAUGUAAUUUAGAGCACUACCCUACAAAGUGAACAGUGAGACGAGGAGGAUAAUGAUUUUGUGCAGUAUAUAAUCUACUUGUGAGACACUGGAGCUACAUUCCAAUUCUCUACCCUUCUCCCGAAGUGUGCACCCAUUCACUCCCCCUCAUGGAUUUAAAAGGAAUGGACUGGUGUGAGGAAUAUGUUGGUGGAAACUCCCUCCAGCCAUGCUUGCACCAAUCCAAUGCUUUUAAAUGAAUGGGGGGGGGGAGUGAACGGGUGCACACUUCUGGAGAAGGGUAGAGAAUUGGAACCCAGCCCAGGUUAAACACCGCCGGUAGUGUGAGUAUGAAGUGGCCUUGAGAAGCAGGUUGGGUUUAGAGCAGUGGAGGCUACUGAGGGGAGGAUGGCUCAUAAUAAUGGCUGGAACGGAGCAAAUGGAAUGGCAUCAAACACAUGGAAACCAUGUUGUGGGUUGCUCAAAAGGUCAUAUCUACUUUAAAUGUAGUUUCCAACCUAAACCCCAUAAGAAAAUUAAAUAAUCACAACCAUUCUCUUAUUUCAAUGACGAUAAUCUAAGGAACAAACAAGGUUUGCAAGCACUCCUUUCAUAGUAUCUGUUUGUAGCCUGAAUCCGAAUGCAAUGGUUCUGUAGCUCCAUUCAACUGGGUUUGACAGAGUGAAUAAAAGCUGAGGGUGAUGAAAGGUUUGCCUAUAGUGAGGGUGGGAGUUUAACCAAGACAAUCCGGCUCUGAUUGGUCACUCUCCUCACUCUCCUCAUACAUAUAUAUCAUGCUGUAUAUUGAGAAUGUAUUACUUACUGCACUCCAUUGACAAGUGAUGUUUUCAUUUGAAUAAAAAAGAAAAUCAGCUUAGCUGAAAGAUA